GAGAUCAUCAAAAUACAAUUGGACCAGACCCUUUGGAAAUAAUUCUGUGUCUCAAAUGCCCUGUGGAGCACACACUUAAUCAGUUGAUGGCUAUGGAAUUUUCCAACAUCAGCUAAAGAGAAGGGAUAGAGUGGUGACUUCCAAGCUUCAUGCAGAACCGGACAACAGAAAUUGAGAGGGAAAUUUUUAUGACAGAAGAGAGAAAGAAGAAAAUUGCUGGAAAUGACCUUGAAUAGAGGAGAUGGGAUAUCAUCUGGUUCUGGAGACAGCCUGUAUUUCUUGGAUCUUGGCUUCCUUCCAUCUUCAAAGCCAACAAUGACAAAUGUAGACUUUUUCAUGCUGCUUCAAUCUGACAUGGAGUCCCUGCCUUCCACAUCUAAAGUACCCUUGCAAUUACAUUGGCCAAGAUAACCCAGAAUAAUCUUAAAUUAAACUCAGCUGAUUAGCAAUCUUAAUGAUCCUUUGUCAGGUAAUGUAAAAUGGUACAUGUUCUGGCGAACAGGACAUGGACAUCUUUAGAGGACCGUUACCUGCCAAACACAAUGAGGGUAGCGUCUAAAUGAGUUUUCAAAUGGACAACAGUAACAACAUCAACUUGGUGUUUAACCACAUUGCUCUGUCUGUCCCAUGCAGGAAGCAGGGAAAGGAGGGGCUCAAGAGUAGAGGACAGAUGUGGGGGUGAAAGAAGAGGAUUCAAAAGGAGCCAGGUUGCUUUGUUUCGGGGAGGGGGGUGCACGGUGGGAUCCUCUCCUGAGAAUGACUGCUGAAACAAUAGGUAGUUGUGGCAGGUGGCUGAGAUUCAAGCUGGUUCGAAUACCAGCCACAUUUCCACACUGCCAAAUAUCAUGGCAAGAGAAGACUUGACAGGGAACCGAAGAGGAGCCAGGACCAUCCCUACCUGGUGGCAUCAAAGAGAGGGGACUGUUAUGACCUCCUGCGGGUCCUGACAGGGAAAGGUCCUCUUUUGGGGGCAACUGUGGCGACGGCCCAAUGCCAACGUGAGCCACCAUUUGAAAUGAGAAACAGCGGUGUGGCAGAAAGAAAUGAGUCUGGUGCAGACCAGUGGUUGGUUUCCUAGGGUUAGAGGUCUAGGUCUACCUUCUUUUAGAAGACGGGCAGUGGUGAGUCCUUGAUGGGAGCCCCCUGCCCCGGAGUUCACUUAAGAGCAAGUGUACCUUCCUCCCCUGCGUGGCUCCACGAAGCUGGGAAAGAAACGCACAGGACGACCACCCUAGAACCCCGGGCCUGUCUGGACUGAAAUCGCCUCUCCCCUCCCACACUGCAGUGCUGACACCCCCUCUCCCAUUAGCAUCCAGGAAGGAGGGUGAGCAGACUAGGGAGAGAGAGAGUGCAAACACCCAGCAGUCCUUAUAGGGGGGCGGUUGGGGCGGGGGUGCAGACACAUCACGGGACGGUUUGGUAUCCAUCCGCUGCUCCCUCCAGCGCGGCUCUUCGCGACCUCGCGAUCCUGUCCCCCGCCCGACCCCGCAGCCGCACGCCGGUGCCAUAUAUUAUAGCAGCGCCAGAAAUGUGGUGGUCGUCGCCACUUUAGGGUCCGCGGGGUCCUCCUGAGGCAGCCUGGUGCCAACCCGCAGGCCCAGGCUGGGGCUCGUCCUGGCCCCGCCCACCUCUGGGUCGGAACUAUGGUGGUUCUGUGAGGGGGGCGUCCUGCACUUUCGCGCCGUAUCCCUCCGCCCCCCUUCCCGACACCCUCGCGGAGAGCGGUUCUUGCCGCAUCCUGCGCAGCCCCUACCCAGUUUGGUGCAGAGGCGUGGGGGGCGGGACUCAUCUUUGCCAUUCGGAUCGCUGGGAAAGAGCUGGGAAUCCAACUGAAGAGCAGCCAGAGGAGAGCUGAAGAGAGGAGGGGGAGGCCGAUGACCUGGGCCCUGGGCCUCUGAAGGUCUGGCGUAUUCUGACAGGACUCAGUGAGCAUCUGUAGAGGAGAGGCUUGAAACAAAGGAGGAGCACGAAUAUUGCCUGGAUUUCUGGAGGCCUGCUUUAAGCCUGGCCAGUUCUGCAAGAAAGGCAAGGAGGAGGAGACUGGCUCACACCUCUGGAGGACCCCCUUCUGUCAGCUGUGGGGCUUGACACUACUUGAACAAGAAAAAGAGGGGGAAACUGCACCACAUCAGUGAAGAUCCACCUCCAGUGGCUGCUUUGCUGGUGGUGGAGUUGCUGCUGACAACCACCCUCAACGGGUCUGCACCCAUCCAGGAAAUCUCUGUCUUCCUCAAGCUUGGUUGUGCCUGUUCUACACUCUAUCUGUAUUAUUGAAUUACUGACUGAGACUGUGUUUGGGAAGGAGGCUGAGUGACUACUGGACUGGAUAUUGACUCUAACUCUUGUUUCCAAGCUUAUAUCCUCAAUCACCUAAAGAUCAGAGUGUGAAGAAACAAACCUGUGACAGAUCUGUGGUUGAGGUUUAGACUGGGGGAGGAGUAUAUUACUGGACUUUCUUUGUAACUUGUACCAUGACUGGAGCAGAGAUUGAGUCUGGUGCCCAGGUCAAGCCUGAAAAGAAGCCUGGGGAAGAGGUUGUAGGUGGGGCUGAGAUAGAGAAUGAUGUCCCUCUGGUGGUCAGACCCAAGGUUAGGACCCAGGCCCAGAUAAUGCCUGGGGCAAGGCCCAAGAAUAAGUCCAAGGUUAUGCCUGGAGCAAGCACCAAAGUUGAGACAAGUGCAGUGGGUGGGGCACGUCCUAAGAGUAAGGCCAAGGCAAUACCUGUUUCACGAUUUAAGGAAGAAGCCCAGAUGUGGGCUCAGCCCAGGUUUGGUGCUGAAAGAUUGUCUAAGACAGAGAGAAACUCCCAGACCAAUAUCAUAGCCUCUCCACUUGUCAAUACUGAUUCUGUGUUGGUUGCUAAAACAAAGUACCUGUCUGAGGUUAGAGAACUGGUUAAUACAGACACUGAGAGCUUUCCUAGAAGGAAGGCCCAUUACCAAGCAGGAUUCCAGCCUUCUUUUAGGUCAAAGGAGGAGACCAAUAUGGGGUCCUGGUGCUGUCCUAGGCCUACAUCUAAACAAGAAGCCUCUCCUAAUUCUGAUUUCAAAUGGGUAGACAAAUCUGUGAGUUCCUUGUUCUGGAGUGGAGAUGAGGUCACUGCAAAAUUUCAUCCUGGGAAUAGGGUAAAAGAUAGUACCAGAUCCAGGCACAUGGCCAAUCAAGAGGCUAAUACCAUGUCUAGGUCCCAAACUAACCAGGAGCUCUAUAUUGCAUCUAGUUCUGGUUCUGAGGAUGAGUCUGUUAAGACACCCUGGUUCUGGGCCAGAGAUAAAACCAAUACCUGGUCUGGGCCCAGGGAAGAUCCCAAUAGCAGGUCCAGGUUUAGGUCUAAGAAAGAAGUCUAUGUUGAAUCAAGUUCUGAAUCUGAGCAUGAAGACCAUUUGGAGUCCUGGUUUGGGGCUGGAGAGGAGGCCAAAUUCAGGUCCAAAAUGAGAGCCGGGAAGGAGGCCAAUAACAGGGCCAGGCAUAGGGCCAAGCGAGAAGCUUGCAUUGAUUUCAUGCCUGGGUCUAUAGAUGUAAUUAAAAAAGAGUCCUGUUUCUGGCCUGAAGAAAAUGCUAAUACCUUUUCAAGGCCCAUGAUCAAGAAAGAGGCCAGGGCCAGAGCAAUGGCAAAGGAAGAGGCCAAAACCAAGGCCCGAGCCAGGGCCAAGCAAGAAGCCAGGUCAGAGGAGGAAGCCCUCAUUGGGACCUGGUUCUGGGCUACAGAUGAGUCCAGCGUGGCAGAUGAAGCCAGCAUAGAGUCCAGUCUACAAGUGGAGGAUGAGUCCAUAAUUGGGAAUUGGUUCUGGACUGAAGAAGAGGCCAGUAUGGGGACGGGGGCUAGCAGUAAAUCCAGACCAAGGACUGAUGGGGAGCCUACUGGUGAUUCCUUAUUUGGGGCUAGGGAAAAGACCAGUAUGAAAACUGGGGCUGAGGCCACCUCUGAAUCUAUACUAGCAGCUGAUGAUGAACAGGUCAUUGUUGGUUCCUGGUUCUGGGCUGGUGAAGAGGUCAACCAAGAGGCUGAGGAAGAGACCAUUUUUGGGUCGUGGUUCUGGGUCACUGAUGCAGCCAGUGUGGAAUCUGGUGUUGGGGUCAGCUGUGAGUCCAGGACAAGGUCUGAGGAAGAAGAGGUCAUUGGUCCCUGGUUUUGGUCUGGAGAACAAGUUGAUAUAGAGGCUGGAAUCGGAGAAGAGGCCAGGCCAGGAGCUGAAGAAGAGACAAUAUUUGGGUCCUGGUUUUGGGCUGAAAACCAGACCUAUAUGGAUUGUAGGGCUGAAACUAGCUGUGACACCAUGCAAGGGGCUGAGGAGGAGGAGCCCAUUAUUGGGUCCUGGCUUUGGACCAGAGUAGAAGCUUGUGUGGAGGGUGAUGUCAACAGCAAGUCUAGCCUGGAGGACAAGGAAGAGGCCAUGAUACCAUGUUUUGGAGCCAAAGAAGAGGUCAGUAUGAAGCAUGGGACUGGUGUCAGAUGCAGAUUUAUGGCAGGGGCUGAGGAGACCAAUAAUAAGUCUUGCUUCUGGGCAGAAAAAGAACCCUGUAUGUAUCCUGCUGGUGGAGGAAGUUGGAAAUCUAGGCCAGAGGAGGAAGAGGACAUUGUCAAUUCAUGGUUCUGGUCCAGAAAAUACACAAAGCCAGAGGCCAUUAUAGGGUCCUGGUUAUGGGCUACAGAAGAGAGUAAUAUAGAUGGGACUGGAGAAGAGGCCAAGUUACUGACUGAAGAGGAGACCAUAAUCAAUUCCUGGUUCUGGAAAGAAGAUGAAGCCAUUUCAGAGGCUACUGACAGAGAAGAGUCCAGGCCAGAAGCUGAGGAGGGAGACAUUAUUGGUUCUUGGUUCUGGGCUGGAGAAGAGAACAGACUAGAGCCAGCUGCUGAGACUAGAGAAGAAGACAGGCUAGCAGCUGAGAAAGAAGGUAUUGUUGGGUCCUGGUUUGGGGCCAGAGAACAGACCAUUAGAAGAGAGGCUGGGUCUUGCAGCAAAUCCAGUCCUAAAGCUGAAGAGGAAGAAGUUAUUAUUGGGUCCUGGUUCUGGGAAGAAGAGGCCAGUCUGGAGGCAGUGGCAGGAGUCGGCUUUGAGUUAAAGCCUGGGACUGAGGAGGAAGAAAUCACUGUUGGGUCCUGGUUCUGGCCUGAAGAAGAAGCCAGUAUAGAGGCUGGAUCUCAGGCAGUAGAGGAGAUGGAGUCAGAGACUGAAGAGGAAACCAUUUUUGGGUCCUGGUUCUGGGAUGGAAAAGAAGUCAGUGAAGAAGCAGGACCAUGCUGUGUAUCCAAGCCAGAGGAUGAUGAAGAGAUGAUUUUUGAGUCCUGGUUCUGGUCUAGAGACAAAGCCAUUAAGGAAACUGGAACUGUGGCCACCUGUGAGUCCAAGCCAGAAAACGAGGAAGGGGCCAUUGCUGGGUCUUGGUUUGAGGCUGAAGAUGAGGUAGAUAACAGGACUGACAAUGGAAGCAACUGUGAGUCCAGGACAUUAGCUGAUGAAGAUGAGGCCAUAGUGGGGUCCUGGUUCUGGGCAGGAGAUGAGGCCCAUUUUGAAUCAAAUCCUAGCCCCGUGUUCAGGGCCAUUUGCAGGUCCACGUGUUCAGUUGAACAGGAGCCUGAUCCUUCACGCAGGCCUCAGAGUUGGGAGGAGGUCACUGUUCAGUUCAAGCCUGGUCCAUGGGGUAGGGUCGGCUUCCCAUCUAUAAGCCCCUUUAGAUUUCCGAAAGAGGCAGCAUCUUUAUUCUGUGAAAUGUUUGGGGGCAAACCCAGGAACAUGGUACUUAGCCCAGAAGGGGAAGAUCAGGAAUCUUUGCUUCAGCCUGAUCAGCCUGAUCCUGAGUUCCCAUUUCAGUAUGAUCCUUCCUACCGGUCAGUCCAGGAAAUUCGAGAGCACCUUAGGGCCAAGGAGAGUGCAGAGCCUGAGAGUUGGUCCUGUAACUGCAUACAAUGUGAGCUGAAAAUUGGUUCUGAAGAGUUUGAAGAACUCCUUUUAUUAAUGGAAAAAAUUCGGGAUCCUUUUAUUCAUGAAAUAUCUAAAAUUGCAAUGGGUAUGAGAAGUGCUUCUCAAUUUACCCGAGAUUUCAUUCGCGAUUCAGGUGUUGUCUCACUUAUUGAAACCUUGCUUAAUUAUCCGUCCUCCCGAGUUAGAACAAGUUUUUUGGAAAAUAUGAUUCGUAUGGCCCCACCUUAUCCAAAUCUAAACAUGAUUCAGACAUACAUAUGUAAAGUGUGUGAGGAAACCCUUGCUUAUAGCGUGGAUUCCCCGGAACAGCUGUCUGGAAUAAGGAUGAUUAGACAUCUCACUACUACUACUGACUAUCACACACUGGUUGCCAAUUAUAUGUCUGGGUUUCUCUCCUUAUUAGCUACAGGCAAUGCCAAAACAAGGUUUCAUGUUUUGAAAAUGCUACUGAAUUUAUCUGAAAAUCUUUUCAUGACAAAAGAACUACUCAGUGCUGAAGCAGUGUCAGAAUUUAUAGGCCUUUUUAACAGGGAAGAGACAAAUGACAAUAUUCAAAUUGUUCUUGCAAUAUUUGAGAAUAUUGGCAACAAUAUCAAAAAAGAAACAGUGUUCGCUGAUGAUGAUUUCAAUCUUGAGCCGCUUAUUUCUGCAUUCCACAAAGUUGAGAAAUUUGCUAAGGAACUGCAAGGCAAAACAGACAAUCAAAAUGACCCUGAAGGGGACCAAGAAAAUUAGUAAUGGUUAAUUGCUGGCCUCAGAUUGUCCUUAUGUUCCUGAGUUGUGAUCCUUGAGUAAUGCUUUGAUUUUAACAGUUGGUUCUGUGUUGCAACAUAUAUCUUUAGUGCUGACACUAACUUUGUCCAACUCUGUCUGUAAGCUGGAGCAUUUUUCUGAUGCCAACUGAAUAUUAGAGCUGAAAACACAUUUGUUGAUAUUUGUCUUGUCCAGAUUGUGAUGUUCAGUAUUUGAGCUUAUAGUGAACUGAGCGAUCAUAAAUAAGCCACCCUUCUGAUUGUCAUUCUACUGUAUAUAUAUAUAUUUGAGUGUUGUUUGUGUUUCAAUAAAGUUCUAUGUUAAAGUUGGCAGAAA